AUGUGUUUGGAUCAUGUUGACUUUUCUCAUCGCCAUGUAUCUGAUACCUUUCCUCGAAUUGGAGUUUGGAAGCAAAAUAUGAUCAGAGAUUUUUCUGAUCUUGAUAUAAAAUCUCUGUCUGGUUAUGGUAUGAGGCCUCUUCUUGAUUUUGAGAAGACUUUCUAUCACAAGGCUUUCACUUCUCAGCAAGAAUCAGUUUCUGAGGCUUCUGAUGUUGCUGAGUUCUUGUCUAAGCUUGAAGCAGAUUGUGGUUGUGAUGUGCCUGACAGUUUGAAGGCUAGUUUGUCGAAUGUCAUUGAAGAACAUUGCAAGGGUUGUCUUCCUUAUAUUCCUGUUGAUUUGGUCUCUCUCGGUGCUCUUCAUGAUGAUUUGAAGACCAUGUUCUCUAAAUUGAUGAAUCAUGUAUAUUCAUUUAAGCAAAAGUCACAUGAAUUAGUUAUUAAGGUUUUGAAGGAGUUUGUUGAUUAUGAAAGUUCUUCUGAUCCUCAUAUUGCUUCUCCUAAGAUGGCUGCUGCAUUAGGAAAUGUAAAUGGUUUUCAUCAACCUCAUGAUUCUCAGGUUAAUAUUGAGAAAGUUGAAAGAGCUUCUUCUUUGGCUAUGGAUCUCGUUGCUCCUCCCGUUGGUACUCAAUUUGGAGGUCAGGCUGUCAUGGGUGUUGCUCCGGGUUCAUCUUCUAAGUGUGUUCCUUCAUCUUCCAAGAAGCAAGUUACAUUUGGUUUAGCUGUUUCUCCGAAUGAUCUUUCUCAGCCAUAUUAUCUUUUUUAUAAAAGCGUUCGUCGAGGUCAUCUUGUUGGGAAAUCUUCUUCUCAGACUGUGCCUGCACAUGUUGUUGAUGAUGUAAUUCAUGUUGCUAAAGAUCAUGAUUUUGAUGUUUUAGCUGGUGGAUUUAAUUCUCCAGAUCAUUUUACUAUAGCUCUAAUUGUUAUGCAGACUCUUUCUUUUUCUGAUGAUGAGUCUCCUAAUAUAACUCCUAAGCUGUCAAAGAAGUUGCCUCCUAUUUCUCAGCUGAAACCUUCAUCUAAGGCUGGACUGUUGCUGCUCCUGUUAAUAUCUUUAUCUCAGAAGCUCAGGUCGAUGGGAAAGAAAUCAGAAAUUUUAUAUAAUUCAAAAUUGCAGAAUUCAAGUUCUAGUGUGCAUACUCCUCGUGAAUCUGUUUUGAAGAUUGGUGGUCAUCCAUCUUUGAUUCCCAAUCAAUUCGCUCAAUCUUCAAGUAAAUCUGAUUUCAAGAUUUCAGAAUCUUCUACUGGUGGUAAGGUUCCUCUUCAUGGCCCUAGGAGGACUGUUAAGCCAAGUCAGUAUAUGGGUGAUGAAUUUGAGAUUGAAAAGGGAAAAUUCAAAGUUAGAGUUCGAUGCACCUUUUGGGCUCUUGGUGAAUCUCUUAAGCCUGGUGGUUUUGUCAUGAACUUCGUUAUUGCUGCAUUUUGCUAUCAUUUGUACUCUCAGCCAUUUGGUCAUCCUGAUGUUUCUAAAUGCCACUACUUCUUUUCUAGUAUCUCUGAUCAGCUUCUAAAGGAUACAGAUACUGCAAGUGAAGAUAUCUUGAACAGAGCUUUUACCAUAACUGCUUGUAGAUUCCGAAUUUCAAGUUUUGGUGAAAGAAAUUUGGUUUGA